GAGACAAUACAACGGUCCAAUAGAUCAAUAAAGACUGAUUGGUAUACGGGUGAAGCUGUUAUUUUAGAGAGGGUUUAACUAAUUGGAGAAUAUGAGUUAUCCCCGAAGUAAUCAACCAAGACCCAAUGGAGGUUCAGGUGGCUAUGGACAAGACCAAUCUAAUUCAUACAAUCAAUAUCCACCAAACUCUGCUCCACAAGGGUAUGGGAAUGCAUACCCAGGCUCUAGAAGUGGUGUUGGUGGACACAGACCACCACAACAGCAAUAUCAAGGCGGCGGUCCUCCUCCCCCGGGAUCUUUUCCAGGACCACCUCAAGGUGGGAAAAUAAUCAAUGGUCAAGGAUCUCCAGGACAACGUUAUAAUGCUCCAGUACCACCAAUGGAUCCGGUUCGUAAGAGAAAGUUUGAAACUGAUAAGUUGAUCCAAGAUUGCUUUGCGAAAUAUAUUGUCGAUGUUCAAGGCAGGAAAGUUCCUGAGGUUUCAUAUCAAACACAUGUCAACAUCAAGGAAUUCUCACUGUUCCCAUCAUACCCUCCUCCAGAAGGGACCCCACCACAGCAAGUCGGCUCAAUCAAGGAUAGAGUGUUGGUUGUGUGUGCUAAGAACAGUGGCCGUGUCAUGCUUCAAAAGGGGAAGUUCAACGAGGUGAAGGAUGCAUAUCAGAUUGGAAGAACUUGGGACAUGGAUGAAUUGCGCUCCAUCCAACGAGUGGGGAGUAACGGGAUCAUCUUGACGCUUAAUAAGGAUUACUAUUGGAGAGUCGAAGAAGGUUUAGAAAGAAUUUGGAAAUUUGUGAGGUAUUUGGCUACCUCGUACGGUAAAUUCAUGGGGAGAUAUCCAGAACUUGUAGGGUUUCUGCAACAAGAGCUUAAACUAGCAGACCUUACCAGAGCUGGAAGUGUUGGCGGGUCCAUAGGAGGAGGUUCUGGUUCUGGAGUUGGAGUUGGUGAUAUUGUAUUGAAUGAACUUGCUCCCAAUCCACAAAUCUUGAAAUCUAAAUCUAUUAAAAGAAAGCAUUUACCCAACCCAGUAUUACCACCACAACCAGAGCUGCCUAUGUAUGAACACUACAAGGAUAUGGACUUUACUGCAAAUGGUAAAUUGCCCAUGAAACCAAUGAUGGCCAUGCUGGUUGAUCGUCCUGGUAGCAGCACUGCCAUAGAUCAACAACCAGUUGCAGAGCCACAGAUCCAAAAGGAUGUAGGAAGAAGUGGUAAAGAUAUAGGUUCUGGCUCGAUUAAAUCCACAGCGUCAAAGCGUCAUUCUCACCCUUAUCAAACUAUGUCUCCAAGGAUGAGCCUUGAUGAGUCUAGAGAUGGUGAUUUAGAAGUGGAAACAACUCAAGAUUCACUGAGUUUUGUGUUUGCUGCACUGAGAAACUCUGCUGAUUCGGAGAAAUCAUUACAAUUUUCUAAAGAGAAGGCAUCGUCAAUUAAAGGUCAUAAAUAUCAAAUGAGUGAUGAUUUAUAUAAGGACGCAUCUUCUGAAUUUCCUCCAGUCCUGAGAUACGAAUUCAAACAACCUUCCAAGAGAAUUUCAUUGCCCAAGGGGAUUGCAUCUCCAGACUUUGGAAUUGAAGAGGUUGAAGAUGAUGAUGAGGAUGAAGAAGAAGAAAGAGCACAUGUUGACGAAGAUGACCAUUUUAGCGACGAUCAAGAACAACCAUUGGUCUUGGGUAGAGGAAGUGGAUCUGUUUCAUCUGUCCAUAGAAAGGAAAGAGGAUUGGGCUUUGUUGGAGGGAUAUCUGAAUCUAGCCCAGAAAUCAUUGAAGAGUCCACCCACCUUGAUCAUGAAGAACACGAUACUGUUUCUUCUUCGAUUCAAGAAAUAGAAAGUUUUAUGGAAUCUCAGCUUGGUAACAAGGGUGUAAAAGCUGGUACCGCUAGUGUAAGGCUGUUUUCAUCAAAUAAUCUGGAUGUACAAGAGGUCAACUCUCGUGGAGUACCUAUUGGACAUGAAUCCGAAGUGGCAUCACUGGUGAAUGAAUCUGACUUAGGAUUGGGUAUCAACAAAGAUGGAAACAUUGAGAAGGAUCCAGAACUUGAAGAGCUUUUGGAGGAAGUCAACUGGAACAUCACUGAAGAUAGUGAUGCCUUGAUUAAGAAGUUAACUAAGGAGUUGAACCGGGUGAAGUAUAAGAAUGUUGAAGAGGUCAUAGCAUUAGAUUUUUCAAAUAAUACAGUGCUGAGUGAUCUCACCACAUCGCUCAAGGAGAUUGAAAAUUUGGGACAUAUCUUCAAGAAGAUGGAAAUAGAUUUCCAAUUUUUAGCGCCGGAAGUUCAUUCUAUCGAAACUAACUCCAAGGGUUUACAAGUGAAGUCUGUCAAUAAGAAGUUGCUCUAUAACGAUUUGAGAGGUAUCUUGAGUAAUGUCAGCAUGGAUGGUUCCGACUUAUCAACCAUUGAAAUGUUUACAUCAUUUGACCGUCUCAAUAAGUUGGACUCUUUGGAAGAGAAACUUUUGGGAUUAUAUGAUGCCUUGGGUGCCAUGAGAUCUGAACCUGGUGAAGAUAAUGAUAACUUCAGUUCCAUGAAGGCCUUGAAACAAUACCGUGCAAAUUAUGAACAUGUUACAUCUUCCUUUGUUAAGCAUUUCAAAGAUUAUUUGAAAGAAGAGCUCAAAAACAUUUCUACAUUAUUGUCGAGGGAUUUGGAAAGAUUAUCAACUCACAUGUUACUCCGUGAGCUAAACAAUCUUUUAAUAUAUGCUGGUUUCAUGUUUUUCGUCAAGGACGUUUCCACACUGGACUUCAAUGAAUUAGGUGAAUAUUUCAAUAUGGUAUUGAGUGACUUGUUUGAUAAACUCUUGACUCAAAAGUUGAUGUACAUCAAACACACUUCAUUACCUUCUGGGAACGACUUUGAUAGUAUCCAACUAAAGAAAAGGUCAUUGCGUAUGUCCACUAAAACAAAGUUUAGGCUCAAGGGUAGUGAUUCACCUGAUACCUCACAUACAUCUUCCAAUUACGCUGAACAAACAACUAUCGAGGUUCAAGAUUCCAAGGCUAUCAUUGAAGUGAUUUCAUUUUCCAAAGAACUCGUGUCUAUUGUGCAAUACUUUGUUGGUAGUAUGUUCCAUUAUGAUACCAAUAUCAUUGACUUUAGUGAAUAUAUUAAACAUUAUCCAUUCAGUGACAGACGCAGAACCCUUGAUACUCCAAAUUUCAAUUCCACCAUCAGUUAUUCCAACGAUAUCAUCUCCAACUUGACGGCCAUCUUUGGUGGUUAUAUUAACAUGUUCAUGAAGAAAAUUUCUCCAACAGAAACACAUAUUCCAUUACUAUUGUGUUAUUUGGAAAACAUGCUUAUUGAAAAUAAAACUAAAAAUCAAGAAUUUUUGGAUUUCAACUUCUUGAAAAGGGCAUUAGAAAAAUUUAAGGCAUCCUGGUCCAAGAGUAUUAAACUGAAGGUAAAUGCCUUUAAUCAAUCCAAUAUUGUUGCAAAGUGUGGUAUAUUACCGUCUGUGAAAAACUUCAGUCAACUUUUAUUUGUUACCGAAUCAUCACUUGACAGCAAUGUUGAUCUUUCGCAAACUCUGGUAAGAGAAACUCUAGAUGAUUCAUAUUUACAAUUGACUGAUGCAGCCAUACAUCUUUUCUUAAGAGAUGACCCAUUGUUGAAAAACAGUGAGUUUGAUGAGAAGGAAAGACACCACAGAAAUGUCAGUAUACUUCAAAAUAUCUUUUAUCUUUCAGAACAAAUAUCUGUAUUUUCAUCGGUUGGAAUCAAUAAGCUGAAAUCAAGUUUGGCAUCUGUGUUCAAGAAGGUUGAAAAUGCAUACUUCCGUAAGUUAUUGCAAAAGAAUAUUGGGAAGUUGGUGGAAUUCGUGGAGAAUUAUGAAGCAUUGAGCAAUAUGGGUGGACAAAAGAAAUAUAACAAGAAGGUUGUAAAGUCACUUCUUAGUAAUUAUACUCACAAAGACAUUCAAUUGAAGGCUACUGAGAUUUAUCGUAAGUUGGAAAAGCACUUCAUCACAGGUGGAGACAUGUUUGAAAAGGAUUUACUUCAAAGAUUGUGGAAGGAUAUGGAAAUACAAUUUUCUGAUUAUUUUGCAAGAUUGGAUAAAAUUAUUAGAGCCAACUUUGAAAGAGAAAUUGAGUAUAAUGUGAAUCAACAAGAGAUCCGUAGUAUAUUUUCCUUGAUAGGAUAGUACAAUAAAUGAAAAAUUAGG